UUCUCGCGGUAGCCGUUGAGUACGCAUCGUAUCUCGUUACGUUCGUGUUUGGCCCUGCGAUCGCGAUCGGUUGUUACCUUUCGGAGUUCCUAAACAGCGUCUCUUAGCAAACGAUCAGCAUUCAGUGUACAUCCGUGGUGCGCGUCAGAUCUAAAGGUUCUGAUCUGUGCGAGCAUUUGAACAUCGCCGUCAGUUACGAUCCGCGGUUCGACGCACUCCCGGUUCUAAUUAGCAUAAACAUUUGAGAUACUGUGUCCAACCGUGUCCAGCACGAAACACACAAGCAAGCAAACGGAGAUAACACCAGUACAGAUACACUCCUUACAGCAUCCAGCACCAACGCUCCCCUUAAGAAUCCCCGUUAUUCCCGGACGUUAUUCGAGAGAACCCGACCAUGAUCACGGUCGCGUCGUGACCUAUCUUUUCGACGAGCGAGAAAAGGGUUAUCGUAGUGAGAGGUUCUGUUCGGGAGUUCAGCUUGCGAUCGUUUGCGUUCACCAUUAUCUCCGCUCACUCCAUUCCCUUCCAUCGAAAACAACAUUAUCACUUAUCAUCCUGCCGGCAACGAGUGUACAUAAGUGAAGCAAAACCAAAACCUCGCCCAUCCGGUGCGUGCAGCAGACAGUAGAGUGACCCCAGCGACUGGUGCUAGAGGCCAGUGGAACAGGGACCCUCGGGAAGGCGAUCGUUGAAUUCGUUCGCGAAACAGCGAAAGCAGCCAGCAGCGCCGCAAAAGGAGAAAGAAGUGGCACGCGCUCGCGUUCGCGAACACGAUCGUGUGUACGUACCCGCCGCUUUUUACCCGGUUUGAAAGUGCGCCCUAAACUCGUUUCAUUUCCGUUAAUACUCCGAUAACUUGCCGGAUAAGCAGCAGCAACAGCAGAGUACACGGCACAGUACAGCGAAGCAACUCCUUGAAAAGUAUCAUAUUGAGUGUGCAGCAGACGACCGGUGACAACAACGUUCGGAAAGUGUGUGUGUGUGAGUGUUGUUGUGUGUUCUUCAGAUAGACCUGCUUGAGCCUGCAUAGAUUCGCUUUAUAAAGCUCCGAAGCACCAGUAACCCAAGGAUCAGCCAUUUUGCAAGAACUUCAGCAACAAACAGAACGCCAAAAUGACGUUUCGUAAAAGUAAAGGAGGAACAGUAGUGGGAGCUAUGAUUACAGCGUCUCGACAAUGUCUAACUACUGUGCGGCCUGUCGUACUAUUGGCCCUGUUGUCCCUUGCCUUGCUGCCGGCACAUAUCCACAGCCUCGAGAACGGACUCGCACGGACACCACCGAUGGGUUGGUUAUCCUGGGAACGGUUUCGCUGCAACACCGACUGCGAAGGCGAUCCGGAGAAUUGCAUCAGUGAGCAUCUAUUCCGCACGAUGUCCGAUCUGGUGGUAAGCGAAGGCUACGCUGCCGUUGGCUACGAGUACAUCAACGUGGAUGACUGUUGGUUGGAGAAGUCGCGAGGUCCGCGCGGUGAGCUGGUGGCCGAUCGGCGCCGCUUCCCCAGUGGCAUGAAGGCGCUCGCCAAUUACGUACACGCCAAGGGCCUAAAGUUCGGCAUCUACGAGGAUUACGGUAACUAUACGUGCGCCGGCUACCCGGGCAUCCUGGGCUUCUCGGCCAACGAUGCGGCCCAAUUCGCCUCGUGGGACGUCGAUUACGUGAAGCUGGACGGGUGCUACUCGCUGCCGAUCGACAUGGACCACGGUUAUCCGGAGUUUGGUCGCAAUCUCAACUCUACCGGUCGCCCGAUGGUGUACUCCUGCAGUUGGCCAGUAUACCAGAUCUACGCCGGCAUGAAUCCAAACUACUCAUCGAUCAUUCAGCACUGCAAUCUGUGGCGCAACUACGACGAUAUCCAGGACUCGUGGGCCUCACUCGAGAGCAUCAUUGAUUACUACGGCAACAAUCAGGAUGCGAUUAUCCCGAAUGCAGGACCGGGCCACUGGAACGAUCCGGACAUGCUUAUCAUUGGCAACUUCGGUCUGAGCUACGAGCAAUCGAAAACGCAGAUGGCACUGUGGGCCAUCAUGGCCGCGCCGCUCAUGAUGUCGGUUGAUCUGCGCACGAUCCGCCCAGAGUUCAAGGCUAUUCUGCAGAACCGCAAGAUCAUUGCCGUCGAUCAGGAUCCACUCGGUAUCCAGGGCCGAAGAAUUUACAAGCAUAAGGGCAUCGAGAUCUGGUCGCGACCAAUUACUCCCAUCUACCAGACGUACUACUCGUACGCGAUCGCGUUCGUCAAUCGGCGAACGGAUGGUACCCCGUCUGAUGUGGCCGUGACGCUGCGCGAGCUGGGUCUCAUUUCGCCCACUGGCUACAGGGUUGAGGAUCUGUACGAGGAGGUCGACUAUGGAAUACUGAGCCCCCAGACCAAGAUUAAGGUGAAGGUCAACCCGUCCGGUGUAGUGAUACUGCGGGCCGAUGUGCAGCCGGAGCGGUUCUCCAAGAGACCCUACAAUCCGAUCUUCUAUCGCUACCCAAACUAGAGCGUUCGCGACCGCGAGCUAGCGCUCUCGGAUAACUACCUGCCUCGUGCUACUACUACAACAGAUAUUCUAUUCCCAUGAAAGCGAUAGCAUUAACGCGAUGCAUCACUUCAUUACUUGAAGCGAGAGCACCCGAAUUACAGGGCGGUGGACCAGUUCAUAAACGUGAUCGUGCAAAGACAAACAAUCAUAUCCGAUAAGGGGCACGCGACAAUUAAUGUUUUCUUUUUGUUAGAACUAAAACACACUUCUCCCGAUAAAGAAAAGCUUAAGCCCGUUUGAGGCAAGAGGCGCUCUUGUCUGUAAACGAUCGGUAGAUGGGCAGAUGUUCAAGCAAUACAAUCAUGUGCCAGUUUUGUUGAAAGGUCAACAGCGCAAAGACAAACACAAUCGUCGUUAACCUUUUCUCUGUUCCGCAAUGCUAGAACGUAAAUCGAAACAAAUCAAUAGCUAAAGUUGCGCAAAACCAAGCGCUCUAAGGUGCUAUACAUUCCCGAACCGCACUCAGUCCUCUAGUGUGCUUCCGUAAUGGCAGUUUAUCUCCUUUUUUUAUUCAAACCACGCUGGAAAGAUUUUCCUUCCCUCCCAGAAACAUUCACGGCUUUCGCUACCCAAAGCCCAAUAUCGCCAGAUAUAGCAUAGAGACACUACCAAGCUGCUCCCUAUUCCCAGGAGGCGUCGAUGCUGCUGCCAAAUGACGCCUCCCGAUACGUGAUUAAGAUAAGGGUUUGUACAUUGUACAUUGUAUAAUUUAUGACAAAAAAAGAGUUACAGAAAGAGCGAAAGAGAGGGAAAGAAGGGAAAAAAGUUAGAACUGACUUCAGGACGACACGCAAUAUUUGAUCGAGCGAUCGAGCAGAUCGAGCGCACAAACCUGUGUGUGUGUGUGUUUUUUUUAUUUUCUAGUUCCCAUUAUUACAAAAAGUAAAUCAAUUCGAAGUAUCAAAUAAAGAUAGAAUUUACACAACAAAA